AUGCUCCGCCGAAAGCCAACUGCUGUUACAAUCACUGUGGAGGACAUCGCAGCCUUCGAAGAAGCGCGACUCCGCCGUCUACAGGAAAACAAAGAAAACAAGGAAAACAAACAGACCGAGCAAGGCCAAGCUAGCGCCAAUACGCAAUACGAUCCAAGUGAUGAGUUGAAGCCCUUGCCAGGAGAUAAGGCCAGAAUCGUUCGAUCCCGCGAAGAGCGCAUCGGCAUCGGUCGCCGCGGUUAA